AUGACAUUCGUAAAGGGAACAGAAGAAACUUUGGAUUUGGCAAUCAUCGGAUUUGGACCGGCAUCGCUUUCUCUGAUGGUGGCUCUCCAUGACCAUUCCGAAAAACCUUUGCGUAACAAAAAGGUUUGUGUUUUGGAAAAGUCGCCCUUGUUUUCUUGGCAUUCAGGCAUGCUGAUUCCAGGAUCGAAUAUGCAAAUUUCAUUUGUAAAGGAUUUGGCUACACCACGUGAUCCAACUUCUUACUUUUCAUUUUUGAAUUAUCUGCAUCAGAAUGGCGAUGAAAGAUUUUCCAGCUUCUUAAACUUAUCGACCUUGGAACCCUCUCGCUAUGAAUUCCAUGAUUACCUUUGCUGGGCAGCUGGCCAUUUCAAGGACUAUGUGCAGUACGGUGCAAACGUAACCAAAUUAGAGUACGAUCAGUCUUUAGAUUUGUAUCGUAUCACUUAUGGCGAUCACCAAAAAAUCGCCAAAAAUGUCAUUGUAGCUACGGGCGGUCAAGCAAAUAUUCCCAAGCCUUUUUCCUCGUUACAAAGUCCCCAAGUUAUCCAUUCAAGCGGCUUUAUGUUUGACGACAGCCAGCGCAAGCUUCGUUCGGCUAAGCAUGGGGUACUUGUCAUCGGUUCUGGUCAAUCCGCUGCGGAAAUUUGGAAUCACAGCCAUAACAUCAUUGAUUCCAAGCUUCCUCUUACCUUGGCUUUCCGCAAUUUGUCUCUUAUCCCCAGUGAUUCCAGUCCCUUUGUCAACUCGUUAUAUUUUGAUAGCCAUAAUUCUCACUGGUGGUACAAUCUCCCUGAACAAACCCGUAUACAGGGCUUGAGAAACGGCCAUACCACAAAUUACGGAGUCGUCAAAGAAGAAUUGCUUGAGGACAUGUAUCGUGAACAAUACAUGCAAAAACUCAAAUACGGCAAGGCCUGCCACAACUUCUUGAAUGCCACCUAUGUGGAUUCCGUGGAACAAAAACAAGAUCACAUACUCGUUACCCUGGCCUCCAAACUGGAUGGUAUUGAAAAAAAGAUCACUCAAAAAUUCGAUGUCAUUUAUUUAGCCACUGGUUACAACCAUGCAUCUUACGAAACCAUCCUUUCUCCCAUCUUUCCCCAUUCCCACGAUAUUCGUAUCGCUGAAAACUACCUCGUUGAAAACACUCCUUCCAAAAACAGCCGUCUUUUUGUUAUUGGCAUCUCAACGUAUCAGCACGGUAUUGGUGAAACCUUGCUUAGUUGGACUGCCAUUCGUGCUGGUGAAUUGGCUUCUCAAAUAUUUGGACCAAGCAAGCCUACUGCUCGCCCUUUUUCUCCUUAA